UCCAUGGAAACCAGCAGCUAUGUUGCAGCGCUGAUUACUUUCUUGGCUGUGGGUUCCAUUUUUUUGUUGCAGAGAAGAAAAAACAGAGCCAAAAAUCUCCCGCCGACUCCCUGGGCUCUGCCCAUCCUGGGUCAUCUUCAUCUCCUCAAGCACCCAGUCCACAGAACUUUACAGUCCCUCGCCCAAAAACACGGCCCAAUUUUCACUCUCCGCCUCGGCUCCCGUCUCGCCGUCGUUGUAUCAUCGGCACCAGCCGUCGAAGAAUGCUUCACCACAAACGACAUCGUUUUCGCUAACCGCCCUCAAUUCGUUUCCGGCAUGUACCUCAGCUACGGCAACACCACGAUGGGGGCUGCCCCGUACGGCGAUCACUGGCGCAAUCUACGGCGCUUGAGCUCCACAGAAAUCUUGUCGUCGAUCCGCCUCAACAUGUCGGCCGGUAUCCGGAAGGAAGAAGUCAAUAUUUUACUCCGCAAAUUGUAUCAAUUUUCGAGGCAUGAUUUUGGGAAAGUGAAAUUGAAAACCCUGUUUUCGGAGCUGACUUUCAACAUAAUUAUGAGAAUGGUGGCCGGAAAACGGUAUUACGGCGAUGAAGUGACGGAAUUGGAAGAGGCGAAAGAGUUCCGACAAAUUAUGGAGACGUCGUUUCGAUUGGGGUCGUACCCUGGUGAUUUCUUACCGUUCCUGAAGUGGGUUGAUCGGCAAUACCCCAAAAGGAUGAAGAGUCUGGGCAGAGCCAUUGAUUCGUUGCUGCAGAAUUUGGUGGAUGAACACCGGAGAUAUCAAAAUGAAGGGAAAAAGCUUGAUACCAUGAUCAGCCAUCUGCUCUGUUUGCAGGAGUCUCAGCCCGAGUAUUACUCAGAUGAAAUUAUCAAAGGCCUCAUCGUUACAAUUUUAACAGCAGCGACGGAAACAUCGUCUGUGACGAUAGAAUGGGCAAUGUCCAAUCUACUCAACCAUCCAGAGGCAUUGAACAAGGCCAGGGCUGAAGUUGACGCACAGAUUGGGCAAGAUCGGUUACUGGAAGAAGAAGACAUCCCCAAUCUGCCAUACCUCCAAAACGUGAUCUCUGAGACACUGCGCUUGUACCCAGCAGCUCCACUCUUGGCGCCACAUUUUUCAUCCGAGAGUUGUUCUCUGGGGGGAUACCAUAUUCCUGCUGGCACUACCUUGUUGGUGAAUGCGUGGGCGGUGCAAAGGGAUCCCGAAGUUUGGGAGGACCCGACAAGGUUUAAACCUGAGAGGUUUGAGAGCGGGGGAGUGGCUGGCAACGCUUACAAAUUCUUGCCGUUUGGAUUGGGGAGGAGGGCUUGUCCUGGGAUGGGCAUGGCGAACCGUGUGGUGGGCUUGGCUUUGGGGUCGCUGAUUCAGAGCUUUGAGUGGAAGAGGGUGAGUGACGAGGAAUUGGACAUGACUGAAAGCCAAGGGAUCUCUAUGUAUAAAGUUGAGCCAUUGGAGGCCUUAUGUAGAGCUCGCCCCAUCAUCAAAAACCUUGCAUUUCAUUGAUACCUCUACCUAGGAAUGCCCUUUAGA